AUGGUAAAACUCGCCCCAGUCAACCCACGCAACUACAUGCCCUCACGGGCGCACCCCGAGCACCGCUCGCGGCGCAAGGAACUCGAAAAAGAGCACCCCUUCACGUGGAAAGAGCCGCUGGUGCUCGGCAUGAUCGGCAUCGGACUAGCCUGGAACAUCGAGAAGCAAGUCCAGAAGCACGAGGAGCGAAAGGAGCGCGAGGAACAACAACAACAACAAGGUCGAGACAAUAACAACAAUGAUCGUCGCCGUCGAAGAAGAGACCGUGACACUUCAUAUGAUGAUCAUCCUUCGAGUCAAGACGGCGAGAGCAGUAGCAGCAGGAGGAGUAAGAGCAAGAGCACUAGAGACAGCGAGGAUAGGCGGAGAAGCCAACAUAGAAGUGGCGGUAGCAGCGAUCACAGCGUAGGAAAGGAUACGGCGGACCUCGAGCGCAGCAGGAGAAGCAAUCGUGACCGCGUGCAAUCGGUUGAUAUGAGACGGCACGAGGACCCGAGGUAUAUCACCGACGACCGGUACUACGAGCAAUCCCGGUACGACAGGGGGUACAAUGACGACGACAGGAGAGAAUGGGAGCGAGAGUACCGCGGUAGAAGAAGUCGUCGCGACUCCUGGUAG